AUGGAUACAAUGAUGUCAACAAUGGAAGAAAUGUUAAAACCUGUAGAGAUGAAAGCAGGAUAUGAAAAUAUCAGGAAGAUAAGAAAUGAAGGUAUUGUAAUAAUUUGCACAAGCAAGGAAGAAAUUCAGAAAUUAGAUACAGAAAUCAAGGCAAAAAUGGGCGAUGAAUAUGUGCUAAAGAUUCCAAAAUUGAAGAAUCCAAAGCUGAGAGUUUAUGAAAUAGAAGAGGAGAAGUUGCAGCCUCCAAUUGCUGUGUUUAUUGCGCCACCAGUUAAGCAAGAAACAUCAUGUACUCACGAAGAAGAGGAUCCUCUUGCAUCCUGUUGUGAUGGUGCUUCUGUUGCUACAAUUAAACAAGAGAUCACUGAAUAUUACCGAGGAAUACAUUGAAAUAGACUUAUAAAGAUGGCAGGAUGGCGAUUUUUACCGAAGACGCUGAAAAUUUGAAAAUCGCUGAAGUUCAACAUUUUUAUCCAUCUCUUCUACAUUGUUACAAGAGAUACAAAUCUUGUUCUUCAAAUGAAAUUUGUGCUCCACAAAUAGUUCU